AUGUCUACUGAACAAGCUCGACCGUCGUUCUAUCUACUUACCCCAGAACGAUAUCUACCAGCAUCGGCCUUAUCAACCUGGCUCGGCCGGAUCGUCAAAACUUAUUCCGAGCCAGAUGCAAAUUUGGUGCCGGAUGAUCCGAAGCCCUUUGUAACACAUGGACUUGCAAGAAGCACCAUCGCCAACGCCAGCCUCGCUGCUAAACUCGGGGCAACGGUUGACGUCUCUGGAGAAACCAGUAAUGGCGGGGGUCUCUCCUCUUCACUAGCUCAGAGGUCGUCUGCGUGCCAUGAGGGGACGAGAUCUCAGCUUCAACGGAUGCUAGCUCGUGGCGGCAAUGCUGGUUUCAUGGUUACUGCGGUGCUCAUCUGUCAGGGUGCAACUUUCACGCACUCAAGAGAACGCGGGGCUACAACAUCGGCCGGUGUUUCGGUGCCUGUGUCUACGAUUGUCUCGAGCACUACAGGCAUCAUGCUUCCCUCUGAACUGACUGACCCAGGGGUUUCCGGGUCGCAAAGUCACCAAAAUACAGCUGAGUUCUCCGGUGAAAGCGCCGGGAGCAAGAUAUUUGCUCUCCAGUACAAGACUGUGCGGAGAUCGGUUGUCCAGUCGUUCUUGGGUAUAAACAACGGUAUGAUGUUGAAUGAAAAGGGCCCAGAUUUGCCGGUUUCGCAGUCUUUUGCGAAGAAACACUGUGGAGAUGACGAAUUUGAGUCGGAGGAGAGCGAUCCCAGUAGCGACGAAGAAAGUGAUCGAGAGGAUGAGGUCGAGAGUGAUGACAAAUCUGGUGGUGUCUAUGAUACAGUCAAGAACGGCAAGGUCGCCCUGGAGAUGGAUGAGAAUAGCGUUACGUGGGCUAAUCCGCUAGAUGAGGAGGAAGAGGGGGUGGAACGCGUUGAUAUCAGCAUUGAUGGAGAAGAAAUGGAGUUUGUAUUUUGA